AUGGAUACCAUAAACCACACAGGUAUUCGUUACACAGUCUUCCACUUGCUGGGCAUCCCUGGCCUAGAGGACCAGCACAUGUGGAUUUCCAUCCCCUUCUUCAUUUCCUAUGUCACUGCCCUGCUUGGGAACAGCCUGCUCAUCUUCAUCAUCAUCACAAGGCCUAGUCUCCAUGGACCCAUGUACCUCUUCCUCUGCAUGCUGGCGGGAGCAGACCUUGUUCUCUCCACAACCACAGUUCCUCAGGCCUUGGCCAUCUUCUGGUUCCAUGCUGGGGAGAUCUCCCUGGAUCGCUCCAUCACUCAGGUCUUCUUCAUUCUCUCCACCUACAUCUGUGAGUCAGGGACCUUGCUGGUGAUGGCUUUUGACCGUUAUAUUGCCAUUUGCUACCCACUGAGGUACACCACUAUUCUUACAAACUCCCUGAUUGGAAAAAUCGGAGUGACUAUCAUUUUGAGAAGUUGUAGUACAAUUUUCCCCAUAAUAUUUCUUCUGAAAAGACUAACAUUUUGCAGAACCAACAUUAUUCCACACACUGCUUGUGAGCACAUUGGCUUGGCCAAGUAUGCUUGCAAUGACAUUCAAGUCAAUGUCUGGUAUGGAUUUUCUGUCCUAAUGGCAGCAGUGGUCUUAGAUGUUGUUUUAAUAUUUAUUUCCUACAUGCGUAUCCUCCACUCUAUCUUCCACCUCCCAACCCAAGAUGCUCGCCACAAGGCUCUCAAUACCUGUGGGUCCCACGUCUGUGUCAUCAUCCUCUUUUAUGGGCCUGGGAUCUUCUCAGCCCUAACUCACCGAUUUGGAUGCCACAUUUUACCCCAUAUCCAUGUCCUUCUGGUCAAUGUCUGCAUUUUGGCUCCACCAGUGCUGAAUCCCAUCAUUUAUGGGAUCAAGACAAAACAAAUCCGAGACCAAGUAACUUAUAACUUGUUUCCAAAAAUAACAUGA